AUGCGAAUUUACAAAUUGCAGUGCUUGUUUUUAGGCAUUUUUGCAAAAGUUCUAUUAUGUCAAACUCAACAGGAUUCAAAAAAUUUGGAAUUUCUUACUCCAAGCCGCCAUGAAAUGCUCCAAUUUCUCUUUCCACACUACACACCCUACUCGGAUAUGAUGGACUUGGUGUUGAGAGCCAGUGAAUUCGGAUUUCCCUCCUUCCUUCGACGCACCAACGUCCUGCCAGACAGUCUGGUUUUCGACAUUCCCGCUAAGCAGCUUAACGCGCCAAAUAUCAAGAUUGAAUUUCACAUUCCCACGUACGUGAAGAAGUUAAUUCACCUCGCCAAAGUCAAAUUACGGCGUGUGCAAGCUAACACCGAACCUGCAGCAUCCCUGAAACAAAUCUGGAUUGAGUCAGUUCGUCCCGAGGGCUUCCUCAAACUCAUCCAUACCUCAGCACUUCGAUUUCUUAUGUACGACAAAGAAGCCCUCAUGUCGGAUGACCAGAAGGCGAGACGCAGCAUACUCGAUACCCCGCUCAUCCGUGACUACCUGUUCAAUGACAGUUCGACCCAAAACAUUCCACUUGCUUUGCUCGCAAUGAGCGGAUGGAGGGGCUUAUUCUGGACUGCAGUUUCGCAAAUGCCCAACUUCUACAAUGCUGUACCGGGUGCGUCAGGACCUCCCCACGAGACGUCUGUCGCAGCACCGGCUAGACUGGAUGAACUGAGCAGUACCUUCCUGUUUCACCUGUGUGCAGAGUUGCGACGCGACAAGUCCACUCUGCCGACAGACAUACCAGCCGGGUUUUGCCCUAACCCCUGUUCUACGUCGCCUUGUCUCACGCUGCCGCACACCGUUGGGCAGCAAUGCCAUCUGGUUGGUAGGGGACUGUUCAUGAGUGAUUUUCGGUGUGAGUGCCUGCCUGGGUUUGUGUGGGUUUCAGGCGGCGUUGCAGAUGAAGAUGCUGGAGGUAAAGAGGAGGAGGCUGAGGAGGACAAUACAGAUGAAGGUCCUCGGACACCAAUGUCUGACGAUGUGGGCUCCUGCGUGGCUGUCGACAUCUGCGAAACCUAUUGCAGCGCGCAGGGCACUCGACGCUGCGAUAUUCUACCGCACACGGGCAGUGCCAAGUGCAGUUGUAAGCUGGCUUACAUGGGCCCAACGUGCAGCAUCCGGCGAAACCCCUGCAUUGAAGUCUCCGACAAGGCGAAAAUGGCCGGCAAUAUGGCUUGCAACACCGGUCAAGGUGGUCUCUGUAUUCCGACCAUGGGAAGCGAUUUCUACGUGUGUCAAUGUCCGCCUUCCUGGACCAAAGACACCGGACUCGAUUAUGAAAAUUGCCUGGCUCUCAAGGACAAAUGUCUGUCCGAAGUGUGUGUUCGAGGUGAUUGCAUCUCCUCCGGCGACGGUACGAAAAUGAUAUGUUUGUGUCCUGAGGAAGCCUACGGAGCGCGAUGUGAGAAUCUGCGUGGCAAUUGGGCUGAAUGGGGGCCAUGGUCGGCAUGUUCGCCGGCUUGCGGUCACGGCAAGAUUCGGUAUCGAGAACGCGUGCGCGGUUGUCUCCACGGCAACACCUGCAGCGGUGGCAGAUCUCGACAAGUGGAGGUGUGUCCCGAGAACCUGCCGUGUCCAGACGAAAUCGCCACGUUGGGUCUGGGAGCCGAAGCACUGGCUCCGCAGGAUGCCUGGCAGGGUGGCGAGGCACGCGCCCACAUUGAAAUCCAACAGGCCUUCGCUUUGAGGAAACGCCGUUUCCGUCUGUUAGUUCUAAUCCUCAAGUUUGUCUUCCUCUUUCUUUGUGCCUUUGCUGUUGCCUCCGCGACGAUAAUGGUGGUGUAUGCAUUGAUUUACUGA